UAUUUGAAAUUUAGAUCCAAGUUAUCGAUUCAUAGAUCCAAGCUAUCGGUUAUUAGAACCAAGUUCAGAACUCCCCCAGAAAAAUAUAAACAAACAAGUGAAAAUUCGAAAAUGGAUAUGUGCAGUCAAUGGCUAUCCUCAAAAUCCUCUAAAAUAAUAAUUUCAAACUAUUAAGGAAGUACGCCUUAUCGAAUAAACGUGUAAAAAGUUUAUUUACAGCCAUGGUGAAGAUCCUGCAGGCCUACAAUUUCUCCAGCCAGCAGACGUACGCCUUGAACGGCGACAUCCUGGCGGCAAGUCUGAUCGGCAACAACCGGAUUGCCAUCAGCAGUGCCGAGCAGUUCAUCGAGAUCUACGACAUAGCGGGCAAGCAGAAUCCCCUGGAGGACAACCAAGAGCAGGGACAAACAGCUCCAGAGGCGACGGGUGAGGCCCCAGCCGGAGGAGGGGAUGAACGAGCACCAAUCAGGAACACCUUGGCUACGGUUGGUGAGGUAGUCCAGUUGAUCUACUGCGAGGCGGGAAAGUACCUGCUAACCCUGGAGAAGGAACAGGCGGGCAGCCCCGUCCAUUCAUCUUCCACCAUUAGUUGCACCUCGAGCAGCAACACCAAUACUGUAUGCUCCGAGGAUGACACCAAGAUGUUCGUGCGCAUCUACGCGAACUUCUGGAAGUUCCCAGAUAGCCGGUUAAACGAGCUUCCCAUCACCAUCCGGAUAGCCUCGAUGACCACCCCGAAAACACCGCUGGCGGAGAGCAUCGACGUUAUCGAGCUGCCGCUUCGAAGUCCGCCAGAGUUGGUUCAGUGUUGUCAGACCUCGGGCAACAUCAUUGUCAGCAGCCGGGAUAGGAUCUACCUGUACGAGUACACGCAGUGCGUGCACGAGAAUACCCAGCCGCGGUUCGCCUUCAUCGACUUCCUGCCCUUUAAGUUUUUCGUGCAGCUUAACUUCGUGCCAUUGCGACUUUCUGUAGCGGAGAACGUUAUUGCCUGCAUGAGCCACCGAUACUGUGUUGCUUUCAAGGUGGUAGAUGCCCUGGCAAACCGCGCUAGUGGAGGGCAGGACGUAAGCUGCCUAGACAACGACUUCGGAGGCGGGGACGAGCCCUUGUCGGAGUCGCUUAGCUUGGGCAGCAAAGCCAGUGCUAGUGGUGCAGGAGGCGGGGUGAGCUCCAGCCACAGCCAACAGAGUUGUGAGAGCGACUCCCUGCAGUCAACCAGCAGCGGAAAGGCGCCUGUGGUUCUAAAUGGGGCACUGCCGGGUCGGUCCCCGUUGGAUUUUAAUGUGGCGAAGCUGGUAAACAACGCCUAUGGCAGAGAAUUCGAACCGGAGCUGCGCUCCCAAUGGGACGAGAUCGAUGGCGGUGGCAGCCGAGGGCAGGAUGACAAUCAGGAGAUCACCAUCAGUCCCCAGCGGGCGGCGGAUAUCAAGAUUAAGCUAGUCAACGAAGCCAAGGCCAUGAAUGUGCGAGGCAUUGCCGGCGGAAGUCACCUGGAGGACGCGUCGGUUCAGUACGACAUUCGCAAGCUGUUGCAGAUCUGCAUGAAGACCUCUGAAGCUCAGCCUCGUGUUUUGGACAUUUUUCGCUGCAUGGACCUGAAGGCCAUCUACCAGAGAAGCGGGCAGGGCGCGGACCUGGAAGACGACGAGUAUGACAUGGGGAACCAGCAAGUCCCCAGUGCGGUAACCACGUUCAAGCAUGUCAACCGCCGUACCCUUAAGUCGGCUCAGCACCAGCGAUGUGUGGGACACGCUCUUCUUGUGGCCAGCAGUGUCGAUGGCUACCUGUAUCAGUUCUCUUCACAAGGAAAGUGGGGAAGCGAAAACGAGAAGCCCGUCGCCAGCUACAGCUUCACAGCCCCUGUGAUCCAGGUGCACCUCAACGACUAUGUGGUGUAUGCGGUGACUUCCGAAUCCGUGGAGACGCACACAUCGCGUAUCGGACACAGGCUCUUUCACAACCGAUUCGAGUAUCCCUCGCUAGGCGGCCUUUUCCCGGAGGAGUCCGCCCCUGACGUGAAUUCGCCCAUUGCGGUUGUGGGGCUGGCGGCCUUUAUGCAUGUCCAGUUCGUCUGUGUGAACCGGGAACAGCUUGUGCUAAUUACGAACGCGGCGCUAGAGCAGCACAAGCGGCGAAGCACUAGCGAGGUGUCCGGUGUACAGAUUGUGCCUGUCAAGAAGAACAUUGCCGCCCGACUCCUGGCCGAAGCCAAGGCCAAGCACAACAGCUUACUGAGAAGCAGUAGUGCCUCCCAUUCAGCGACGGUGCCCAACGAAUGGACAUUGUACAGCCUGGAGGUGCCCCGGGUGGAGUGCAUCAUCGAGGAUCUCGAGGGCAUCGCGGAGUCGUAUCGCAGUGCGAGCAGCUCCAACUUUUACGAUCUCAUGGAGGAGGCGCACGUUAUGCUACGGCUCAGUCUCACGCUCCAGGGUGAGCGGCUCGGCGUUGAGCGAGAGCAGCUCUUGCGUAAAAUGUUCUCCGCUAAUUGCCGGAAGCUGGCAGAUUUCUCCAUACGUUCCACCAAGCAGGAGGUCUACCUGCAGGCUACAGGUUUCUACAAAAUGUGCCAGCUCCAGUUAGUUGACAUCUACAACAAUUACUUUGAGAAGAUUCUCAGCAGUGGAGAAGCAGAGGAUUCCACACAACUGGCAGGGCUGAUCUAUACGGUGAAGCUUUUUCUGCUCAGCCUGGGAACGGAUCGCUCUCGAUCUGCUUUCCUGAACCAGACAGUUCGGCCCUGCUUCACGCCUGCCCGCGUAAUUCCGCAGGGCUACCAGCAAGUUCCCAUUUCGCUGGAGUUCCUUAAUAUGUUCAUCCAGCAUGCCCCGUCGGAUAUAGCCCAGAUCAUGCUCAGCUCGCCAGUUGUGGCUGACUCCAUGAGCGGAGAGUUAAUCAACUACCUUAAGUACUUGAACAAACUAUCCCCCGACGAGAACCUAUUGCUGGCCGUGACAGCCUCCCGCAUGUCCAACUAUUUGCUGGCCCAGGAAACCGUAUCCAAGUCCACAAGGCGCAGCCUGGCUACUUCUCUGAUUCGUCACAAGAACGUCCUUUUCGACGACAGCACUGUGAUUUACCAGCGACGCCAGCCGCAAUCUGCUGAUUCGCAGGCGUCCAACUCCAGGGACAAGAACGGAAAGCUUCGCCGGGGAGCCGCCGGGGGAAGGAGUAAGCCGUCUGGGAACAGCACGCCUACUCACAAUGCCAUAGUGUCCUUCUCAGACUUCUGCGAGACGAUUCUGCUGACCAACGAGCAGCCAGCCCUGGUAGAGGCCAUCAGCGAUGUCUUCAUUCACGCCCUCUGCAUUGAGCAUAGCCUGCAACUAGAUGUUUUGUUGCCUCUUUUCCUCAACUUCAUCGCCUGUCACAUUGGACAGAAAGGCUACCAAACAUCGCAGAAGGUUCUGGCUACCGUGCUGCAGGUUUAUUACUAUGACAUCUUCGAUGUGAGCUCCGUGUUGCAGCCUCACGAGAUUCGGUCGCAAACUCCUCCGCAGCUGGAUGACGACUACGACGAGGAGUGCAGCAGUUCGCGGGCACCGUCGCUUCACAGUGAAGCAGACGCCCAGUCGUUGUCCAGUUCUUGUGCCAGCUCGGCGCAUGAUGAGCGUUCGACGAGCGUUUCGAUUAGUGGCAGGCAGCAGCGAAUUGUUUACGAUCAGCUGCAGGAACAACAGGCAUCCCCCUUUCAGAAGCGCAGCUCAAAUGCAUCGCUCUCCCAGCCGCAACCAGAUGAUGAUGCGGCAGCCACUAAUCUCAAGGGCCUCAAGAUUCUGUUUCGAAUGUACAUGGGCCGGCUUAAGACCCUCAGUGAUCACAUAACCGACCUGCAAUCCGCAGAUGUGGAGCAGCAGACGAGCCGCGAAGAGUUCAUCAAUAUGCGCAUGGAGUGCAUCUCUUAUAUGCUAGGCAUGGCACCCAACUAUUGCCACAAACCGGUCGUUAAGAGUCCCAACGAUCCCUUGGCCGGCAAGCUGAUCUACGUACCCCUAAUUCCCGACUACAAACUGCCGGAGGGCGAGGAAUACGAUCGCCAUAUCAAGAGUUACAUUCGACCCGUUCCUUGUCUGCUAGAAAGGCCGCAGUACCUGAACCGCCUGCCGCCCUUCGAGCGCAGCGACUUCAGCUACCCCAACAAGGACGAGGGCGAGUUCGAAGUGCGCUUCCUCAGUUGGCACAACGAGCUGCUAGCCCUCACCCUAAAGAUCCAGAGCCUACUUGCUUCCAGCAAGGUGGAUCGCGAGAUUGUGACCGAGUUUCUGGCAUUCAUACAAAAGUCGCCGCAUCUGAUGGGUAUUGACAGUUUCCUGGUAAUCGUAUUGCCCAAGAACUUGGCCAUCAACUAUCUACUGGGUUUCUGUCCCACUUAUCUCUGGCAGUAUGGCAAGUCAUGUGGAUUUACACCAAAACACUGGGAGAGCCUGUUGCGAAAGAUUCUCAGUAAGCAGGAGGCGCUGCCCAAUUGGAAGGCCUAUCUUACAGAGAUUCUUAACAACCUAGUGACGGAACUCAGUUUUGAGGAGUUACUGCAGUGCUUCCCCAGCGAAGUUAUUCAGAACCGAAACACAGCCCAGUACUUCGCCAAGGAAUUCGCUGAGACCUGUGUGCUCUACCAGCAAGAGGAGCUCGUCUUUAUGACUCCGGAUCGGAAGGAGGGCUCCAGGGAUCACAUGCCGAUGGACAACAUAGACGAGGACAAUGUGUUCGAGCUAACACUGCGCAAGGCAGUGGCCAAGCAGCGGAGCAUCGCCCUGAGGUCCAUGAUCGAGUCGACGGGCACCCAGCUGUUUGACGCCACCAGUAACCCCAUGUACAACCUGUAGGCGGGCUGCAUUCCACUUUAAACCAGUUUAAAGCAUAAUUAUCACAUUGCAAAUCGAUGAGAUUGAUUGAUAUUAACUUAGCGUCGUAGAGAACACGGUAUAUUGUUUGCAUCCCGUGUAUUCACCGUUUAGAGUGCACUAUUUACGACAUGUAUUUGGUAGGUUUAGGAACACCCGUAACGAGGCAUUAUUUAUUGACAGUUUUGUGUGACUCAAACGCAACAUUCGGAUACUUAAUCUAGGGAAGAUUUAUUGUGCGAGACGGGGAAAAACUCCACCGCUCUGAUGCGGUGGAGAAACUCUACCGCUUUGAUGCGGUAUUUGCCAUAUUGAACCAGUUAGGCGAUGGAAAGUUGCUGGGCGUUCUUUCCACUCGAAUCCGUAUUCGUAUUCGUACGAGUCUCAUAUUGUAUUUAAUUUGAACUAAGCUUUAGUACCCUUGAAGUAUUUUUAUGUAGUUUGUCUCUCUAUCUACCCUCACCCAAACACUGAUAACAAGAAAACAUGA